UCAGAUCACAAACGUAUGUUGAGAGACAUCUCUGAGAUAUUCCUCGCUUUCCUGUGCUAUAAAGAUAGCUUAUACGUCCCCGAGUGCGACACAAUGAAUCCGGGUCCGAAAGAAACAAACGCGCUCCGAUGGAUCAACAAGAUCAAGGAUACGGGGAGUUGUUACCGCAUCAUAUUAGAGAAAAAGAUGAGCUAUUAUCUUGCCAGGCCAUACUGCGACAAAUUCGGCGCCGAGCUGCUGGUGAUCGACAACGAAGUGGAACACGCGGUGGUGAAAGACAUCCUCUCCGAGGUGGACUACCGCCUUAAAGAGAACCAGUUUUUCUUCACGGAUCUAUUUCGUGAAAAUGAUUAUCGAGUUGAUUGGAAAUGCAAUUGUCAUUUGUUUCAAACCAGAUAUAACGAGAGUAUCCACGAAGUCGGGUAUGAGCCGUGGGCGGAGGGCAAGAACUUUCUGACCAAGAGCCAGUGGGACGACGCGGCGAUCAUCGUGCGUGCCAGCGACGGCAUGUACGACGAGACAAUCGUGGAGAAGGCGUGGUAUCAAUGGAGUUAUCCCGAACGUAAACCGUUUUGUGAGAAGAGAAUAACACCACCGCCGUUUUACUGACACGUGAACGCUGGCGAGGGACGGCUGCGCACAAACAAAUAAAACGUUACCAUCUUA